UUCUCCUCCGACUGCAUCUCCAGAUCCUCAUCUUCAAUACUACUACUGUCUGAUACCUUCUACUCUUUCGUAUCUUUCGUUUCAUUCUUCCCCGCCGAUUUUCCUCUUCUUCUUCUUUGCUUCUUGUGCUGCGCUUCACCCGGCUCUUGAUGCCGAUUCCGUUCGCUACGUAGCCCUAAUUUUUUUGAUCGACAGUAUGGCCCCCGACUUCCGGCUCUCCGUCCCCUGGCUGAGCCAAGUGGUCGUGCUCUUUGCUUGCGUGUCCCACGCAUUCUACAUUCCAGGGUAUUCAAUACGCAGUUACCAAGACGGCGAGAACAUCCCUCUGCUUGUGAACAAGGUCUACUCCAGCACCAGCCAGCUUCAGUACGCUUACUUCGACCUACCUUUCGUCUGUCCUCCCACAGGCCACAAGCCGCAUGGCUCGUCAUCCGCCAGUGGGCACAGUGUGCCUCUCAACCUCGGAGAAGUCCUGCGGGGCGACCGGAUUAAGACGUCUGACUUGGAGGUGAACAUGGGACAGGAUGAUGAAUGCCAAUACUUGUGCGACCGCGCCAUCGGCGCAACAGAAAUGAAGUGGGCGCAACAGUUGAUCGAACAAGAAUAUCUCGUGGAAUGGAUCCUCGACAACCUUCCGGGCGCCACCUCGUUCGUUACGGUCGAUCGAAGUAAGAAGUACUACGCGGCGGGAUUCAAGCUCGGGUAUAAGGAUUUCGACGUCACCACGGGAAAGGAGAGGUACUAUCUCUACAAUCACCACACCCUGGUAGUUCGCUGGCGCAAGGCGCCUGGCAAAGCCGGGGAGAACGGCGGCAAAGUGGUGGUGGGCUUCGAGGUCUACCCGAAAAGCAUCAGUGGCGGCCACCGGAACGAUACUGGCUGCCCGUUCGAUGUGUCGGGUGAGCAUGAACCGUUUGCUCUAUAUAUCCCGUCAAACAAAACCCGAUUGCAGGAGCAGUAUCCAGACUCGUCCUACGUUCCGGCGGAUGCCGAGGAAGCUAUUGACAAGGAUGCCACCAUCACUAUCCCAUACACGUAUUCAGUCUACUUCCGAGAGGCCAACGAUAUCGAUUGGGCCAACCGGUGGGACCUUUAUUUCAAUGAUCAGGAAGAGAGCACCUCGACCCACUGGCUGGCCAUUGUCAACUCAUUGAUCAUAUCGGGAAUCCUGGGCGCGGUUUGCGUCGUUAUCUGGGGCCGUACUACGCAAGGAGAUGUCAAAGGGCGAGGAGACGGCGUGCUCGAGGAGGCUAGAUUGCGCAUCACCAAGCGGAUCGAGAAGAAACUGGGCAGCGGUCUCCUGGAAAAAGUUUCUGAAACCGGUCUCGAGGAAGAGGCAUUGUCAGACGAAGAACCACUGGAAGAAAUUAGUGGAUGGAAACUUCUGCACGGAGAUGUGUUCAGGCCACCGCCGUACGGGGGGCUUCUGGCGCCAUUAAUUGGUUCCGGCAUGCAAUUGGUGUUCAUGAUCGUGGGCCUCCUGGCGCUCAGCUGUGUCGGCGUGCUGAAUCCCAGUUGGCGCGGCGGCUUCUGGAGCGUUGGAGUAGGUCUGUUUGUGCUGGCAGGCGGCUUUUCGGGAUAUUUCUCGGCGCGAGUCUACAAGACUUUUGGAGGGCAGGAUUGGCGUAAGAACGCAAUGAUGACCGCCCUUCUGUUCCCAGGCCUGGUUUUCUCGCUCGUUUUCGUCCUAAAUCUGUUUACUUGGGCACAAGCAUCGUCAACCGCCCUGCCCUUUUCGACGCUGGUGGGCCUGGUCUGCUUGUGGCUUCUCAUCCAGCUUCCGCUGGUCCACCUGGGGGCAUACUUUGGGUUCUUCCGGUCACCCGCCUGGGAACAUCCCACCCGCACAAAUGCGAUUCCCCGACAAAUACCUCCUCAGGUCUGGUAUACCAAGCAUCAAAUCACCCUUGCUCUGGGAGCGGGUCUGCUCUCAUUCGCGGUUCUCUUCAUCGAACUCAUCUUUCUAUUCAAGUCAUUGUACCUGGACAAAUCGUCCUAUUACUACGUCUUUGGCUUUCUGAGCAUCAUUUCAGCGUUGCUCACCAUCACCAUCGCCGAGACUGUCAUCAUUACGACAUAUAUCCAACUUUGCGCCGAAAACUAUCACUGGUGGUGGCAAUCGUUCUUGGUUGGCGGAGCCUCUGGGUUUUGGAUUUUUGUUUACUCGGUGUGGUAUUAUGCCACUCGACUGCACGUCGAAGGCUUUGUGAGCAGUUUGUUAUUUUUCAGCUACAGCGCGCUUUCGUGUGCGGUGUAUUCACUGGCAACCGGGACGAUUGGGUUCCUGACGGCGUACAUGUUUAUUCGGCGGAUAUACAGCGGAGUCAAGGUGGAUUGAAUAGCAGACGGGCAAACCAUGCAUGCGUUCGCCCUUGAAAAGCGCAUGAGGGGCGGCUUGGAUAAGGGCAAGUUGUAUAGACGGGCGCCGAACAGGGUUGCUAGAUUUGUAAAGCAUAAUAGCAAAGUACCAUCCAUCAAUAGUAAUUACGCCAGCUUUAUGUUAGACCGCGUUGCGAGGGGUAUAGCAAAGUCGUGCAGAUCUGGGGAUCCGUGAAUCGACAUACAGUUGAAUCUGUAAUAAGAAUGUUGGACAGGGCGCGGUACGCAGCCAGCAAUCAGAGUGCGAAUAUCCGAUACCGG